AUGGAUUCAUCGACGACUGUACAAGCUCCCAAUACAACUGCCAAUGAGCACCAUUCUGAAAAGUUUGGUUGGGACGGGACAGACUCACAGCUAUCUGUGCCGCCUCAGGUUGCGGUUCGAACGCGAAGUAUAAAUGAGGGAAUUGAAAUGCGCGUUCUAGCUCGUGGUGGCAGCGUAGGUGAUCCCACACUUCUUGAGGAUGAUGACCACGAUACCAGUGAGUCCGAGACUAGCUCAAGGAAGGAGUGGACUGUCGUCAUCGUAUGUGGACUAUGUCUCUUUCUAAGUGGAUGGCAGGAUGGUAGUCUUGGGCCCCUCAUACCGACGAUUCAAAAUUAUUAUGGGCUCACCUUUACUUCUGUUUCUGUAUUAUUUAUUUCUGGAUGCGCUGGUUUCUUGUUAGCUGCUGGAUUAAAUACCAAAGCUUGCACUCUUACGCCCGCUUCCCUUGUAUCAGUCUACCUCUCCGACUGCUUGGGGUUUGGUGGCCUUAUAUUACUUGAUGGCGAUAAUUUGGCCACAGGCGGAGUUUUCCAAACUGUUGCCUAUGCAGUCUUGGUGCACGCACUUCCCUUUCCCGUGAUGGCUGUCGCCUUUGUGGUAAAAGGAUUUGGUAUUGGGUUACAAGAUGCCUUGGCCAACGGACUGGUCACCGCUCUUCGAAACAAUCCCUCGGAAAAGUUAGGGAUUCUUCAUGCAUUCUACGGCGAGUACUCUCGCUUUACCCUUCCCCACUAG